UACCUGCGAACCCACUCGAUUCCUGUCGUCCUUCUCGUUGCUUUUCCCCAAACGGCGUCUUUCUGCCUUGCAGGGUGCAGAUGUCGUCCCCGGACCGGCUGUUCUCUUCUCUGGAGAAGGAGAAAGCCCAUCUCUGCACCUGGGUGGGAGAAUUGUUCUUGGAGCUCCAUAACGGCACAUAUACCACCCACGGGCAGAUCAAGAAGGGGAACCGGGAGUGUGAGCGCCUGCUCCGUGACGUGGAGGUUCUGGGCAGCCUUGCCCUCUCGAGGAAGAGUUCCUUCCGGUACCCUUCGGCAAAGCUUCAGCAUCUCUGGAGGUACCGCUUUGGAUUUCUCCCACCUUGAGUUGCAGUGUGUCAAAGUGUUGUGUGGGGGGAUAAGACUGAAAGGCGAGCGUGCUUAGGGCAUUGUGGACCAAACAGGAGGGACAGAGUGUCAUGGGGUAUUAUUCAUGGCCAUCUAAAGUACGUACUUGCAUUCAACCUUCAUGAACCAAAUGCAGUAGGAUCCCCUGAUGAUCUAGGCGGGAUGCGUUCCUGGGCUUAGGGGGGAAAAACAAAACCCUGGCUAACAGCAAACCCAAUUGGAGUGAGCAACUUCCAGC